AUCGACGCCGCCACCCCUCUCUAACCCUAGCCUUCCUGUCACCGGCGGCGGCGCCCUCCCUCCCUCGCCCUCUCCUCCUCCUCUCCUCACGGCCGCCUCCACCACGCCACAAACCCCGACGACCCACCCCGUCUCUGUGCCCGCCUCGGCAACCACCUCCGUCGCGCGUCUGAGUCCCAUCCGUGUCCGCGCCGGCUCCGUCUCUGUCUCCUUUCGUGGGAGGUGAUCCGCACCCGGACCCGCGGCGGGGCAGGGGUGGCGACGGCCUCGUGUAGAUCCCAUCCUGAUCCCGUAGCAGCCAGUGUAGCCGCCCCCACCUGCUCUCCUCUGCUCCGGGAUCCAUCCAUCCACUAGGGUUCUGCGGCCGACCGGAGUCCAGGCCAUGGCGCGGAAGAUGCUCAAGGACGGGGAGGCGCCCGCCAUCGCGGACGGCGGCGAGGAGAGCUACGACUACGACCUCUUUGUCAUCGGCGCCGGCAGCGGUGUCCUCCGCGGCUCCCGCACCGCCGCGGGAUUCGGAGCCAAGGUUGCGAUCUGCGAGCUCCCGUUCCACCCCAUCAACUCGGAUUGGCUGGGAGGACACGGCGGAACGUGCGUGAUACAUGGCUGUCUUUCGAAGAAGAUACUGGUGCAUCAAAGUUAUAGUCUGCACCAUGUUGCUGGAAAAAGUUUCGGGUGCAGGACGCCAAGAAUUUCGGGUGGGAGAUCAAUGGCGACAUCAACUACAACUGGAAAAAGUUGCUGGAAAACAAGCUGGAGCGGAUCGUCGGAAUGUCGUCUGUGCGGAGGCUAAUUUCUUCCGACAAGGAUAUGUUUGUCUUCUGCUCACCAUGCGCAUGAGCGUGUGACGGCCUUGCCGACUAGUAGAAUUUUGGAACAUGAGCUGAAAAUCCGCUGUUGACUAGUCUAGCUGAAAGUGCGUGUACCUGAAGUUGCGGUAGCUGAUUAUUACCUUGUAGAGGGUUAAUGCUUCCAAAUUUUUUAGCAUCGAUCUUGAGCAUCUCUUGGUUCUACGGAGCUUAGUCGUUGUGCCAAAAGUCACCAGUUUGGAAUUCUGGGAAAAGAUUCAACUGCCUUUUUUUAGCAUCGACCUUGUCUUAUUGAUUAGAUAGAUACAGUUGGUGCAGCAGAUUGAAAAACCUCGAAACGAAAGCUUUCUGAUCCCUAGGGAAGACGGUCAAAUUGGAAGAAAAUCCACAGACUGACGAACCCAUUGCCUGCAUCCUGUAGAAGUAUAAGAUAACCAAAAGUUCAGCAAAAUAAAGUCUCCACACUCACCGCCGUUUCACUCUGUUCCUUGCUUCCUAAACCUGCACCUGUAGUAGCUUAUUGUUAUCCUGGUUGUUUUGUUGCUAUCAAUAUUAGUCCCAUGUUUUGUUUCCUUGCAUGCUUACUACUACAAUCUAUACUACUGCUAUUGUCAUAUCUACUUCUUGUGGUUCCCUCAAAUUAUGUAUAUCUGCUAUUGUCAUAUCUCUAUUCACAUGUAUAAUCAAACAUCUUUGUACUACUGCUGUUGUUGUAUGGCAAACACCCGAGGCAAAUCAUAUUUGUGAUGCAGUUUCUGUAA